UCACACAUUCCUAUUCUUCUGAAUCAUGCUGUCAAUGGUAAAGAACUGCUAAAGUCUCUUUCACUAACUGCUUUAGCGAAUUUGGCUUUGGACUCUGCAUCUCAUAAAAUGAUCAUGAAAAAUAUCAAUCAUAUAAUGUACAUGGUCAGUAAAGGGACCAAUGUUGUGCAGUUACAAGCCCUAAGACUUCUGGUUAACCUGUCAUGCAAUAAAGAAGUUAUCCCAUCAUUGCUUAUGAGUGAGGUGCCUUCUGAUAUUUUGGAUAUAAUCAGAAAACCUGAUGACCGAGAAUUGGUGCUUAGAUUGCUUACAUUCCUGGCAAAUAUAGCUACUUAUGCUGCAGAGUAUGUGGACAGUUCUUCGAAAACAACUUUGUUAUCAAUUUUAUAUCAGUAUAUAAAACAGACGGAAUUUAAAAGCCUUUCUAAUUUAUCAUCUGAUGAAGAUGAAGAUAUCAGUUAUCAAGCAAAGCGACUUCAUGAUGCUCUUUUAGCAGUCACCUAAAACCAUGAUGUUCAUGAAUGUUUGAGUAAUUUGAAAUUGCUGUGCUUAGUUGAUUCGUAAAAUGAAUCAAUAAGGAAUGUAGAUAUUUAUUGAAAUUAAUUUUAAAAUUUUGAUGGUGCUGAUAUUUCAUAAAUUUUUCAUAAUUAAAUUAGAUAAAUCUCUUUUAUAAUACCUUUGAUGCAUUCUUGUGUAAACCCACACUUGUGCUGCUUUGUAGUACAAAAUUUGCUUAAGGAAAGAAAGCUAAUUUUAUUGCUAUAUAGUCCAUAGUACUUGGGCUAAGACAUCAAAGAGGAAUAUUGAAUAUUUUUACUGUGGUUCUUUUCCUCACCAAAAUAAAAUGUUAGAAAUAUAUUUAAUUAUGAGACAUAUUCAGAAACUAAGUACCGUUUUGAAAAAAAAAAAAAAAAAAAAA